CCUAUAUUAGUAUUCAAUGUUGUGUGAGUAGCAUUAGUUGCAAUACGUGCAAGAGCUUGUUAACGUGUUUUCAAAGAAAAGAAAAUCAAUGAUAUAUGUAUGCAGUAGUUUAUAUAACGACGCAAUCGGCAAAGGGAUUCUGGAGAGAAUUUUGAAUCAAUUCAUAAACGUACACCGAAGGUGAAACAUGGCCGGCCGUUUUCGUGAGAGGCAGUAUCAGUUAGCAGCGGAGAAACGUAACGAGGCAUACCUAAGGCAAAGUUAUUACAAGGAGACAGCAAGAUAUUUUGAAAGAGAAAGUGGAAUAGCGAAACAUUACGAUUCUUGGAACUUGAAGCUUGCUGUUGCUGAUCCAAGGGGUAAGCUUGAGAGGGAAGCUAAAAGAAAAAAAAAACUAGACCAACUUCCAGGAAGGAGAAACAAAUUGAGAAUAUUAUUGAAGGAGGAGGAUGAGCUAUAUCAAAGGGAAUUGGCUGAAUUAAUUAGGAAAAAAAAAUCACAAGAAAAUGAUAUUAACACGUUGGAAUUUCUUAAAAAGAAAUUAAAAGAGAAACGUAUGGAACAGGAUCUUUAUUUUCCUAAUACAUGUCGAAGAUUACGUUCAUAUUUUCUCGAUCCUCGACCAAUUUCCUCUUCAAUAAUUAGCUCGAAUAUUAAUAAUAGUAAUAAUAAUAUUAUUAUUAAUAAUAAUAAUAAUAGAAGUAAUAAUAAAAGUAAUAAUAAUUCAAACGAUUUUGCGGAAUGUUUUCAUUUGAAAGAUUCGACAAAUUUACUUAAAACAAAUCAAGAGAUUAAUCGUACCAAUUCGACUUAUAAAAAGAACAAUAUGUCCAAUUGGAACGAUCAGAAGGAUCGAUACGAUAAUAAUAUUGAUCUAUUAGCACGUAAUAGAAAAUAUUCGGCACGUUAUGCACGUAGGAGUUUGGAGAAUACAAAUGUUAGACCUGGCGAUGAUAUUUUCGACAAUUUAUCACGUCGUUUGCAGGAAUCAAUGAUGACGACAACGAUGAGUACGGUUAGCAGCAAGAUGGCGGACGAUGACAAAGAAAAUCUUAAUGUUGACGUAGUAGAUGAUUCAACAACAACCACCACGCCGAUACAAACGAAUACGAUAAAUUUGAUAGAUCAAGAGGAUCCUACGAUCAUUCCGCAGGACGUUUGUGAUAAGGAUUAUACAUUGAAUAGGACCGAACAAGAGAUAACGACCAAUGAUAUUGCAAAUGAUAAACAAAUUAUAAUUGAUCAUUGUGAUUAUGAAAGGGAAAGGGGUUAUCCCUGGAUGAGGAUGGAUCCUAAUGUUAAAAAUCUUUCUGAAAAAAUGUAUCUUUAUUUGACAUAUAAAGAGCUCAAGGAAAAGAUAGAUGAUCUAUUGAAAAAGGAGGAACAUGCUUGCAAUAGACAAAGAUGGGAUGAUGCCAUUAGAUUAAGGGAUAUGAAGAAUGAAUUGGAAUUGAUCAGAGAGAAAAAGAUAUUUAAUAUGAAGAGUCUUACAAUGGAUGAGGAUGUUAGGGAUAGGGCACUUAAAAAUAUCGAUGACAGGGAACGUGAACUUGCCCUAAGGGUUGAUGCUUGUACGGAUACGUCGAUGUAUAGCGAUGGCGCAAAGGUUCUAUGGGAGAAAUGGAUUAAAGAGGAUGACAGAUUCGUUAUUAAGGAUGCCACGACUCAAAGGGAAAUUCUGAUUAAGGAAUUGGAAGAGGAAUUUCAAAAUUUGGCCGUUGAGGACAGAGAACGAAUCGCUAAGACAUAUCAAAGUGUCUUCAACAACUUGCAUUUGGAAAAUCGUCAUCAUCUCAAUACGAACUUAGUGGCGGAGGCCAAAUCCAAAUCUAAUGCGACCGGUGGGGCAUAGUA